AUGGCUGGCCUUGUUGUUGACGUGGAACUUCCGUCGCCGUUCUCGGAGAUCCCCCGCCAGCCUUUGCUCCUGGGACCAUCACCUAUUCAUACACUCGAGCGCCUCUCUCUUGGUCUCGGCAACAAAGUCACUAUCUAUGCGAAACGCGAGGAUCUCAACUCCGCGCUCGCCUUUGGCGGGAACAAAACUCGCAAGCUCGAAUACCUGGCGGCCGAAGCACUGAACCAGGGACGUGACACCCUUGUCUCGAUAGGUGGCGUACAAUCCAACCACACCAGACAAGUCGCUGCCGUGGCCGCACACCUUGGGCUUAAGGCUGCCCUGGUCCAGGAGAAUUGGGUUGCCCACAACGAUCCAGGAUACGACAAGGUCGGCAACAUCCAGUUGUCCCGACUCAUGGGCGCGGAUGUCAAUCUCGACCCGUCCACUUUCGGCAUCGAACACAAGCAGACCUUGCAAACUCUCACGCAAAAGGUAAUUGACCAAGGUGGUAAGCCGUACUACAUCCCGGCCGGCGCUUCGGACCAUCCAUUAGGCGGUCUAGGUUUUGCUCGUUGGGCGUUCGAAGUACGCGCCCAAGAGACGCAGAUGGGCACAUUCUUCGACACCGUCAUCGUGUGCGCCGUGACAGGCUCGACAUUCGCCGGAAUGAUUGCUGGAUUCAAACUUCUCGAGAAACGCGGACAAUCUCCCCCGCGCAAGGUCAUCGGCAUCGAUGCCAGUGCGACACCGCAACAGACGUUUGACCAGGUCCUCCGCAUCGCGAAACAGACUGCCGCCAAGAUUGGACUGAGCGAGGACGAUUUAUCGGAGGAGGACGUAAUUCUAGAUACGCGCUACCAUGCUGGAUGCUACGGCAUCGCGGAUAAAGCCACACUCGAGGCCAUGAGGUUCGCAGCGCGCACCGAGGCCUUCAUCACUGACCCUGUCUACGAGGGCAAGAGCUUGGCCGGCAUGAUGGAUCUGAUCAAGCGUGGAGAGAUAUCCGAAGGGAGUCGGGUGCUCUAUGCGCAUUUGGGUGGGCAGAUGGCGUUGAACGCAUACUCGGACAUACAACAGUGA